CACUCACUCCAAACUGGAUUGAAUAUCUUUUUCGUUCAAAAGCUGUGACGGUUCGCAUCGCAGGAGGCCAAAAUUUUCCCAUGGCUGAAACGAACCAGCAGCCUGAUCUGGGAGAUCCCCAGGUCAAUGCCAAUUCACUCAUAUCAUGGCUUGAGGAACAGCCAGAAUCCGAGCUGGUAGCUCACUCUCAAGACCUUUAUGACCAGCUCUUGUUUGGGGCCUCUCAACCCAGGCACUCUUCUGUGCUAGCCUGCACAAAGCUGUGCGGCUUUGUUCAGCAUUGCACAAAGUCUCGUCAUGCUGUCGUUCAAGCAUGGGCCUUUUCGGAGCCCACGGCCAUGAAGCUGUUCGACUUUUACAUUGAGUGGAACGAAAAGGACCAGCAUCGCUCCAUGAAGCUGGUCCUUGACCUUUUGACUGUUCUCACCGGACAGAACCCGGAUCAGGAGACUGCGGCCUCCAUCCGCAGGCACAUGCUGAUCAGCCUGGUGUCCAUCAUCACCAGGCAGUCAACAAGACCCCUGGUCAAGUCAUGCAUCAACUCUUUGAACCAUCUGUUCGUCAGGUCGGUGUAUAAACUUGAAGACAUUGCAAACACAUAUCGAGAGGUAGAGCCAGCAGUGGCGUCGCUUUCGGACCUUGAACUCUGGAGACGUUUCUGCAGUGCCCUCGUCUCUUGGAUGUAUCUCCACUAUGUCUGCUCAGUUGCAGGCAAAUUCAUUGUCACUGUAUUCAGGGCACUACGGGAUCUUGCUCAGGCUGGUCCAGAAUCUGGCAGUCUCCACGAGCUGACCGUUGAGACGUGGCUAGACUGGCUACACGAAGAAUUGCGUGCUAACCCGGCCAUCUUGGAGAACAUCAAGCUUUAUAUAUUUGUCCCUCUUUUCAAGACGGACCGGCCUCGGUCUCUCGAGCUUCUAGACAUACUCAACCGACCGCCCACGGAGAAGGCAUCCCGUAGCGAUCACAACGAGCUGGACAUGGAUGCCAUUCUACGCUUGGCGGCGCUCGAAGUGGGAAAGAAGUCAGGCUUGGUGGAAGACCCAGGUUCUUCAAGUCUCCAGAAGUCCUCAAAGUACAUUGUGCUUGAUGUGAAAGUCAUGGAAAGCGUUCUUUCGCAUCCAUCGCCACGUAUACGACUUUUGGCACUGUCACUAUUGGCUACUUCUCCUUCAAGUACAAAACCGUACCCGGCUGAAGCGCUGUCGUUGCUAAAGACUCACCUUCCGGCUUAUCACUCGGACCCUGGCGCAGGUUUCCGCCAAGAAGCCCUCGUAUAUACCAAGACCAUGAUUCAGAGAAUAAAAGGCACCAUUACUGCUGGCCAAAAAGUCGUUGCGGGCACCGCUUCCGGUGGUGAGAAGGCAGGAGCCAAGAAUGCCGCCGCAAAGGUUGCUGUCAGUCAGGAAGUCAUACAGGAGCACGAAAACUUUUCCAAGUGGUACAUGAGCUUCCUCCUCGGAGAGCUCGUGCCAACGGCCUCGUACCAGCGGCACAUCACUGCGCUUCGGGCCAUAGUUCAAGUCCUUAAUUUUGGAAAGGAGCUUUGUGGACAAUCCAUCUUCCUCGACUACUCGUGGAUACGCUCGAUCCUCGACCUUGUCGUCGACCCCUUUUCCGAUGUGCGCGAGACGGCAAUUUCGCUGCUUAUGAUGGCCCCGAGAGAAGACGUCGAAUCACUCGUCCAGACGAGACCUGACUCUUCAAUGAAGCUAGUUGACCUGGUUCGCGAUUUCAGAGCGCAGGCUGCCGCCAUGGCUUCGCGCACUGGCAGAGCCGACCAUGGCGAUGGGUCGGCACGUCUUCAGGGACUGCUCUGUAGCUGGGCUAGUUCGCUGGAACAGCAGCUGGACAUUCUCAACCAGACCAUAGCUGAUAUCGACAUGAAAUUGGCGGUGGCAAAGAGAGAUAUUGCACUGGCUGUGGUCGAGCACCCUGUGCAUGGAGACUUUGCAUCUAUCAGCUGCGCAUGGGAGGUUCUGAGCAAAGCCAAGUACUCGGCUGAAGAUUUGGAAAGAUUGGUGCCGAUCCAGCGUCGUGUUGUCGAAUGCUCAAAGGAGAUAUGGAAUGUCGUGAAGCCUAUUCUUUGCGACGAUUCCCCGGAAGGCCACUUACCACAAGAAAUGGAAGAGGCUCAGGGGCUAGACACCAAAGGGCUGCUCAGCUACAGUUUCAGGGCUAUACACGAGUCUAGCAACACAAUGCGCCUGAUAAUUGCUCCACUGAGAUUCAGCCGUGUCAAAGGAACUUUAUGUCCCCCAGGCGAUAUUUUCAAGCAGAUCGGCAACUUGACUUUUGAGCAACUCUCCAGUCUUAGGCACAGAGGAGCUUUUAGUACUGUAUCUCUCACAUUCAUCACUUGCUGUCAGCUUGUCGAAGACCCAUCCGUUACAUCCCCAGAUGCUCCAGCGGAAGAGACGCUCCUAUUCUCCUGGUACAAGGGCACACUUGAUUGCAUCUUUGCCCAAGUAUCGACAACGCGCCGCUCUGCAGGCAUUCCGGCACUUAUGACAGGCAUCCUUGCGGCGAACGCCUCCCGACCAUCGUUUGAUGAGGUUAUUUCAGAGCUAGGAGAGAUCGCACAGCGUCCAGCGCGGGUCGCUGAGACGGACGGCUCCAACCUCCCCCAGGUGCAUGCUCUUAACUGCAUCAAAGACGUAUUUAAAAGCUCACUGCUGAGCGUACGAGCUGAGAAGUACCUGCCGACCUUCCUCCAAGUCGCCACAAACAGCCUUCGAUCCGAAUUGUGGGCAAUCCGAAACUGUGGGCUACUUCUCCUGAGGAGUGUCAUUGACUCUCUUCUUGGCAACGCCGACAGCAAAGCUCUGCUCGAGGCCGGAUGGGAUGGCAGAACGAUACGGAUAUCAUACGUCAAAUAUUCAACCCUCGCAGGUAUUCUUGUCAGCUUGCUGCAGUCCGGCCAAGAAGCGCAAGACACAGAAUCACAACGGAGGGCCGCCGAAUCUGUGUUCCCGGCACUGGACAUCAUCCGUCGCGCAGGACCACCAGAUUCUCAUAGGGCGCAACUUUACUCUCUGGUUUCCGAUUACUUGGCGAGCCACCUUUGGCAUGUCCGGGAAAUUGCAGCACGUACCUUGAGCUCGUUCCUGGUAUCUAUGGACCACAUGAAAGAAAUCAUCAGCCUGUUGGAAAGGGCCAAAACCUCUGCAAAUAGGCUACACGGCACUCUACUUACUAUCAAGUUCUUGGUGGAGAAAGAAAAUCUCGGCAGUGACGUUAUUGCCAGCCUGUCGUCUGGGAUUGAGUCGAUUGCCGACCUUGAGCUAUAUCAGCGUUGCCCACAAGUUCAGACUGUUCAUCUCGAUCUGUUUUGCUUGCUCCUGAGAAGGUCUGAGUCACAUAUCGACAGCCAGUCGGGCAACUCAGUAUCCCCGCUGGCCAACGCAAAUCACCCGGCCUUGGUCUUGAACCCAGCACAAAGCACACCAGACGCCUCGCUCCUUCGAAUUCAAUGCGGGCUUGAAGCAGUCCAGAGGGCCACACAAGUCGGCAAUCCGGAUCAGUUGAGAGAUGCGGUGCUCGAAAUGUGCACCGUGGACACAAACGCCGCUGCCCGCAUGAUUGAGGCAGUGCCCGAUUUGUGGAAGGCUACCAACCAUGUCAAAGUCACGUCCCAACUGUGCCAUGCAUACAUCUACAUUGCCAUGAAGAAUAGCGAUCAAGAAGUUAGGGUGGCACUGCUCAACAACAUCGCUGCUACUUUGGAGAGCCUGGUCUCGGCACAUGAGUUGGACUUGCUCCCUGCAUCCCAGGAUCUCAGCGCCCUGUGGAGCACCAUCCAAAGCUGCCAGAUGAACCCAGCCAUCUUCCAGGCCUGCCUCAGGGCGAGCGGGCCUAUGAUGGCUGCUUUGUGUCUUCAUGCAGGACAGGACGGUGCAAGCCAGAAACUAGGGCAUCAGCUGAGGUGUUGGUCAACGAUCAUUAGCAAAGCUGGCCAUGACGAUAACGCAUUCGAUACCCGAGAAUCUGCUGCCCUCGCCAUCAAGUCAUUCACCGCAGCAGUGGGCAGUUGGUGCGCGACCCGCCAAGCCGAGACCUACUUGCCCUUACUGCUGGCACUCUACGACACCCUGAACGACGACGACGAGGAGGUACGAGACAUCGGCGCCGCCGCCGCCGCUCCCGUCCUAGGAAAGCUCUUGGUCCCAACCGAAGCUGCACCUCAGCUGCUCGAGCGCGUCGUCGCCAUCAUGCCCACAUCCAAAGAAUUUAAAAACUACGUAGCCCACAGACUCACAGGCAACUCCAAGAUCUACCCAUCCAUGGACGAAGCAAACACCAGCAAGGCCUUUUCAUCAACAACCAGCCCCCACGACGAGCUCCGCGGGGCUCUGACCUUUGACGAGUCCCUCUUCGUCAUAGAAGAGCAGAACCUUUUCAUCGACGAGGUCCGCGAGACCCAGCGGUGGAUUCGCGCCCUCGAGGCCCUCGACGUCGAGGCUGCCGGCAACGACGCCACCAUCACCAACCUGAAAACGUGGGCCGUCGAGGGCAUCGAGGCCAUGACGAGCCAGGCGGUACAGGACAGCGACGGGCCGCUGGGCUGGACGUCGCAGCCCAAGGUCUUUGCCAUCUGCUGCAGGUACUUGCUGGUCGCCGAGGCGAUCACGAGGCUUUCUGGGGAUGAGCAGGUGCGGUCGCUGCUUGCGGAGUGUUUGGCCGCGUGCAGAAAGGCUGGUGUUCAUGGGACGUUGCUUGAUAUGGCCACCACGGCUGUUUGAUAAAUGGCAAACAGGGCGUAUAUCUCGAAGAAAAUAUACACUGCUCGGGCUUUUUGAGGUCGGAUAUCAAGAGUUUAGGUUCUCAGAUCUGAAAAUGUCCGCGUUGGAACUGUCCUGUUGACAGCGUCGACAUGUAUCUUGAACGAACAAGGCCAAAAUCACUGUUUAUAAUAUAACUGCCGGUUCCGCUUCACCCCUACCUAAUCAUCACCCUCUAGUGGAUUAUAGCUUUCUUAGAGUUAUUCUUCAAUUUGUUGUGCAGGUACGGCAAAGCUGCUGGUACGAGGCGGACAAGGGGGAAGCUCUGAAGUUAUUCUAACUUCAUCGAGGUAAGCGAACAGAAUGUCAGCCACUGGCGCCGAGAAGAAAGAUGAGGCCACCUGCAAUUAAACAAGAAAACCCCGAUAGUGCUAAUAAAUCACUUCAAUAUGCAGUACAUUCCACCAACUCAUGUACACUUGAGGCAGCAAGGUUUGUUGCAGGCGAAGAAAAUCAGUUAGAUAUAUGUGCAGGUGGUUAGCAUUUUGAUGGUUAGUACGAUGAAAUAAACCUAGUACAGGAAACAGUCCCCCAGGGCAAUCAUAAUUUAGAAAUUCGUAGCACGUUUCGUCAGUCAGCAAUCUUUCAG